AUGUCCUGUGUUCAACUACUGUGUUGUUCCACAGGUUCAUCUGAUGAGCUGAGGAUUGUGCUGGUGGGUAAGACCAGAGCAGGAAAGAGUGCAACAGGAAACACCAUCCUGGGGAGAGAAGCAUUUAAAGUAGAAUUCUCCCCAGAGUCAGUAACAAAGACCUGUGAGAAACAGGUCACAGAGCGUGGAGGCAGGAGCAUUGCUGUGAUUGAUACCCCAGGUAUCUUUGACACAUCAAUGACUGAAGAGGAGUUGAAAAUGAAAAUAGAGGAAUGUGUCCAGUUAUCUGUCCCAGGACCACAUGUGUUUCUGCUGGUCAUCAGACUGGGGAGAUACACACAGGAGGAAAGGGAUGCAGUGGAGUGGAUCCAGAAGAAUUUUGGAGAGGAAGCAGCAAAGUAUACAAUGCUGCUGUUUACAGGAGGAGAUCAGCUGGACAAAGAAGUGAAGGAGUUUUGUAGGCAAAGCAGUGAGCUUUGGAUUAACAUCCACAGAUUUAACUAUCAUGUGUUCAACAAUAAAGAGUUGAUAGAGUCCACUCAAGUUAAAGAGCUGCUGGAAAAAAUAGAUGAAAUGAUAGAGAGAAAUGGAGGACUGUGUUACACCAAUGAGAUGCACCAGGAUGCUCACAGAAAGAUCACAGAAGAGGAGGAGAGAAGAAUGAAGGAAGAAGAGUUCAAAAGAGUGAAAAGAAAUAAAGAAAUAAAAACAAAGAAAAAAAGGAAACAGGCCACAAAGUUCGUAGCAGCAUGUGCUCUCACCUGUUUUGGCCCCGCCGUUUCUCUUCUGUACGUUUUUUCUUUGUUUGACCUGAUUGUUGCUGACCUGAUUCCUGCCUGCUGCUCUGCUCUGUUCGCCUGA